AUUUUGUUGGACGUUUGACAGCUCAAAGCAGUACAAAAGAGAAAUUGUCGUAAAGCAGAUAAACAAACAAAAGUGCUGCUGCUUUUCUCAUCGAAAUGGAUCGUUUGGAACCCUCCUCGCAGGACGACCGCAGGCUUUGGCUUGGGAAUCUGGACAGUCGAAUCACCGAUUCGACAUGCUGUUCCAUCGCUCCGGGCCGCUAGCGGGCUAUCCGAGGGGGUACGCCUUCGUUACGUAUGAGAACCACCGAGAUUCGGAAUCCGCACUGCACCGGCUGGAUGGGAAGCUGGUCGGGGAGAAAACGAUCGUCGUCCGGUGGGCGAAACACGUCAACCGUGAGGAAAAUGAUCGAUCGAAGCCCAAAAUCGAGAUUCCCUGUCUGGCAGGCGGGUCGAAGGGUGGCUCCAACGGUCCGCUAAGCCAGCAGACUAAAAUUCAAGCUCUGGAAGCAAAGCUGAAAAUGUUGGAAAGCCGGUCGGACGAUCUGGUGAUCAACAGAUCGACUACCGCGGAGCGGCCCAUCAUCGAGCGGUACCAGUACAACAUCCACCAACCGCAGCGGAUGGAUCCGAAGACGAAGCGACCGCUCCACGAGGGCGGCAGCAGGGGCCGUGGCGGUCGUGGCGGCAACCGGAGCGCACCGUACAGGCACACCAACCGCCAUAAAUAGUCGCAAGCGGACUGGACGAUCUCACCACCUCCCAUCGGCGAAUACUCAUAACUUUACAACAUGUAUUGCUAGCUUUAAACCUAUCGGACCGACCGACAAGAACAAAGAUUCAUGAAU